GUUAUCGAAAACCUCGAUAAUUUCUUCGCCGCGUUUGCUGCUCGCUGAAGAAAAUAAAAUUAACCAGGAGCGCAAAAAACGCGAAUCGCAUAUUAUCUGCGCAGCUAGCCAGAUUAACGGGAUCGAAACGGCCCGACUUCCACGCAGAGAGCUACCAAAGAGGCCCAGGAAUAGUUUUUAGUCACAUCUCUAAAAUCCCGCAGAGGAGCAACGUUUCCAAUAAGCAAGCAUACAUAAAUGGUUUCUACUUUCAUUGGUCUAUUAGACAUUCAAUCAUGGUGGGAGAUACCGUGUAUUUCGCAUUUCUGUUCAUUGUUUAGUUCCGCCUUUGAUCUGCCCGACAUCGACAUCGAGGACCUCGAAUCGGCGCUGCUCUCCGAUGGUACCAGCGAUGAGGAUCAGGUCGCCUUAGUGCCCGAGUUAAUUGUGCGCCUGCUCAAGGGCUGCGAUGCGCUACAGUCGGUAGCCAAGGAAAUCACACACAGCAACUAUCAGAUGUUCUUGCGUCGCUUCCUGCGCCAACAGUGUCGCCUGCACCAGACCGAGAACCACUUCGACACGGACAUUGACUUCCAGUCGCUGCCCGUGCGCAAGCGCCUGCACAUCCUGCACGACCUGUGCCACUUUCGCCUGGACUCCGCCGAUGUGCAGGUUAUCCUCAGCAAUCUAGAGGCGGACAGUCUGCGCGUGGAGCCCCUGGGCUACGACGCCAAGAACUCCGGCUACUGGUACUUCUACGGCACGCGACUCUAUCGGGAGGACAAGGCCACUGGUGGAGCGGCCGCCUCCAGUUCGAGUUCGUCCGGUUCGGGAUCAGGGUGCGCCGGAGCCUCAACUGGCGGAGCAUCCAAUAGCAAGGGCAUCGGCAGCAACGGCACAGUUUGGCAAGUCAUCUGCUUCACCGAAGAGGACUGGCAAAACUUGGCCGCCAAGUUUAAGACAUCGACGAACGCCAAGGAGCGCGAACUCUUUCACAUACUCGAUGACAACUUUCUGCCCAAGCUGCCGCAGCUUUUCCGCGAGCGUGAGCGUUUGAGGCGUAGGAAACUUUUGCAAGUGCGCAACUCCAGUCGCAUUCGCAAUAUCGCGGAGUUAAAGGCGCGCCAGGAGGAGGAGCGUCAGCGUCGUGAGCGGGAGAAUCUCUACCAGGAGCGGCAAAACGCGCACUGGUUGGCACCACCGCAGCAACAGCAGCAGCAACAACAGCAGCAACAGCAGCAGCAGCAUCAACAGCAGCAAUCGCAGCAGCGCACACGCAGACGAUCCCAGUCUACGUCGACAGCUAGUGGUAUUUCAACCUACGCAAGCUCCCUGAGACGAACAACCACAACUAAUUCGAGCGAAUUUCUGUGCCACAGGGAAACCUUCUGCCUCUCGCCAGAAAACGACGAAGACGACGACGACGAGGCCCUCGACGCGGAGCAGCAGUCAGAUCAGCCAGAACAGCAGCAGCAACAAGAGGAGCAGCCGCCCGAAGAGGAGCAGCGGCAAGAACCAGAGGAAUUAUUAGCAACCUCAGCAACUGGCGACGAUUUUCGCUCUCCAGAAGCGCCGAAAUCGCAAACGCCGGCGGAAUUGAAGAGCAAGAGUAGUCACCACCACCAUCAUCAUCACCACAAGAAGAAAAAGUCGGGCAAGAAGCAGAAGAAGCGACAUCAUCGUGAUAAAGAUCGUGAACGGGAUCGCGAGCAUCAUCAUCAUCAUCAUCGGCGGCGACACAAGCAUGCUUCAGAGGCAGACGAAGGCGAGGACGACAACAAUAACCACAACAGCAACAGCAAUAGCAACAGCAACACCAAUAGCACCAGCAGCAACAACAGUGUCCAGCCAAAGCGAAGACGUAGUGGUCAACAGCAGCAUCAUCAGCAGGCAGAGACUGCCGAGCCCAGCACUUCUCUAAGUCCCGAGGACAAGGAGAACUUUUGUAGGCAGCUACAACUUCUGGACACCAAUUCGGCGGCCAUUGCGGUGGCCACAAGUAUCGCCGAUCUAAGUCUGCCCUCGCCGGUGGCACAUGAGAGCGAAGCCGAGCAGGACGAGCAGGUUGAUCAGCCGGCAGUAGUGGAAGCACAUCCACCAGCAGUAACUUCUUCAAUGGCGCCAGCGGCAAAUGUGAAGUUGCCUGGCAGGCAGACGAACAAUUCGCUCAGUUCGCUGACUGGAAACAUCUUCAUACCGGGAGGAAGCGCACAGCAACAGCAGCAGCAAUCGCAGCAGCAGCAAUCCCAGGAGCCGCCGAGCAGCAGUAGCAGCAGCCACAGUGGCACCACCACGACAGCCAGCACUGCGCGUUCCAAGAAGCAGAAGGCCGUGCUCAACAGCACCGGGAGCAGCAGCACCAGCAAAGUGGCUGACAAGGCGGAUCGCAGCUUGAGCAAGACGGAGACGGGCAAGUCCAAGAAGUCGGCCACGGGCUCAUCGGCGUCAUCGUCCUCCAGCAAGGCGGAGCGCAUCAGCGGUGCCUACUCGGACAAGAGUGGCGAUGACUUCACCGAAACGGAAGAGGUCCUGCAAAUCGGGAUGCACAAGGUGCUCGUCUACGUGAAGAACCAUCGCGAUGCCUGGCCUUUUGUGGAUCCCGUGGAGGAGGAUAUAGCACCGCGCUACUACUCCAUUAUCAGGAGACCCAUGGACCUGCUGAAAAUGGAGGACAAACUGGACAGUGGGGAAUACCACAAAUUCAGUGAAUUUCGCAACGACUUUCGCUUGAUUGUCAACAACUGCAGAUUGUACAAUGGGCACAACAAUGAAUACACAGAGAUGGUUAACAAUCUGCAGGAUGCUUUUGAGAAGGCCACCAAGAAGUACUUUGAUAAUCUCUCCGACGACGAGGAUGAUGAUCCCAAUCUGAGCUAUCCCGCCGCUGACUCCAAGAUGAACGUGUUUCGCGAGAAGUACUUCAGCAAGAAGGCGAAGGAGGAAACGGAGAAGGAUGCGCCAGGUCGGCCGGAGAGCAGCGCUGAGGAGGAUCUCAGCGAGAUCGAAGCGGAGGUCCCUCAAAAAGCCCAAAAGCGCAAGCGUAAGGAGAAAGACAAAAGACGUAAAAAGAAGACCAAGAGCAAGGCGGAUGUGGAAACGGAUGAUGAAGAUAUGGAGACCGAAAGGGAACCAACCCCACCACUUCCACCUCCUCCGCCAACCAGCAAGAAGAGCAAAACAAGCAAGCUAGGAAAGGAAAAGGAAAAAGAUAAGGAAAAGGAGAAGGAUAAAGAUAAAGAUAAGGAUAAGGAAAAAGACAAAGAAAAGGAGAAGGAAAAGGAAACUUCUUCAUCCAAGCGAGGACGAAAAACUAAAAGCGAUAAAGCCGCGUCCAAAUCCAGCAAAAAGACCAAAAAGGGGACCAAGAAGACUUCGGCCGAUUCGGAUCCUGAGUCGGAUCCGAGCGACAGUCGCGAGAGCGAGGAUUACAGCGAUGAUGACCACAUUUCGUUGGCCAAAACUAAAUCCCUGGUUAAACCCACAGCUCGCACGAUAGCGGCCCAAAAGAAGAAAUCUGUACCCACAGAAUCCAAAGUAAAGAUGCCUACUCCGGUCAAGCGACAAGUGAAAGGCAAGGGCAAAGGUGGGCGCAAGGCCAAGGACGACUCCCUGGAAAGCGACCAAUCCGAUGUGGAUGUUAAGAAGCAGCUGCCACCAACGGCAGCUGCCGCUUUAGCCGAUUCCGCCGCCGAGCUGGAAGAAGAUGCGGAUGAUCCGCCCAGGGAUGAAGACGAAGAUGAGGAUAGCUCGCGGUCGCGAAGCAUGUCACCAUUCAAGGUUGAUCUCCACAAGAAAUACUCAAAAAGUGCCCUUAACGAUGAUCUCUCCGAGCUGCUGACCACCGUGAAAAAGGUUCCCUCCGCGGAAACCACAAAACUGAGUGCCCGGCACCAGGAUGAAGCGGAUGAGGAGCGAUCUUCCCGAGAGUCUGACGGCGACUUUAAAUCCUUAAGCAACAGUAGGGCCAGCUCUGAAGAGCGUCCGCCAGUGGCGAAGAAAGGAAAGAAGGGGGAAAGCUCGAAAAAGGAGAAAGAAAAGAAAGGCAGGGAUAAGGACCGAGACAGGGACAAGGAAAAAGACAAAGAUAAGGACAAAUCCCGCAGCGCAAAGCAUAAGAAAAGUAAAGACGAAUCCCCACUUUCAGCGGCCGCCGCUGCAGCCGCAGCAGAGCAGGCCGAACUGGAGAUGCUGUUGCCUUUCAUGGACAAGUACGAUGUGAUCAAGUACCGACGUAGUCGUGCCGCCCUCAGCGGUUCCAGUGCAUCCAACUCGUUAGCACCCUCCGAGGAUUCCAAGUCAGCGAGCACGAAAGGCAAUAGGGAGAACAAAAAAGCUUCUGCGAAACGAGAGAAAUCUCCUGAUGCUGUGGAGCACAAGCGCGGGCGGAAAAGCAAAGACCAAAAGCGAUCAAAGGAGUCGGAUAAAGCGGAAAAAACUGAUAAAGCUUCAAAGGCCGACACCGAGAAACACUCCGAAAAGUCGAAGAAAAAGGAGGAGCCACUGAAAGUAGUGGAAAAGCCGCCAAGAGAAAAGUCCCCCGUACCGGAAUCAGCUUCGGAAACCAUUAAGGAACCUCCAGCUCCAACUCCAAUACCCACAUCAGCGGGCAGUAAGGUGAAGGAAGCACCAGCUAAAAAGGAGCCUAAGAAAAGACCCGACAAACAAAUGCCGCCCCCUCCGAAACCUGCCGAUAAACCAAAUGAAAAGGGAUCAGGCAAGAAGGCUUCCAGCAAAAAGGCAGCCCAAAAAGCGGGACAACCGCAGACCAACAAUAACACAAAUCUUGAAGCAUUGGAUGUGGAAACAGAACAGACCCUUAAGGACAUAAAUCGCUGGCUGGAACACACGCCCCGCUUCACGGAGUUCAGUUCGGCCAGCAAUUCACCAUCCCGAUACAAUCUUCUGGAUGACUUCGACUCGGGAAUCGGUAGCAAACUGGAUGCGGCCGAUUUUCGACGACCAGUGGCAUUGGCGGCUCCAAAAGCGGAAUUGGUACCAACUAAACUGGCUGAGGCACUCAACGAACUGGUGAGCGAACCAAAAGAGGCUGCUAGCAAAUCGGAAUCGGAGUCGGUGGCUCCAACUCCUAGCAGUGUGAGUAGCAGCUGUGGUACUCCUCCGCAUUCAAUGCACUCAGGGAACUCCAUUGGAAGCACAUCCGCCACUGCGGCUUCCAGUUCAAAUUGCUCCAAUAACUCGAUGCCCACUCCAUUACCCGUGGCGGUUACUCCCACGCCAACGCCCGCGCCUCCGCCACUUCUUCCGAUUCCCAAGCCAAAAGAGCCGAGCACCACCCAACUGAUCCUCAAUCCACCACCGCCGCCUCAAGUUAAACAGCAGCUGGCGAAGGAGGCCAAGCGCAAGUCCCUGAAAGAAAAGCAGGCGGCUCAAGCUGCCCAAGCUCAGCAGGUGAAAGCCAAGGCGAAUGUUAUGAGAACCAUCGAUAGGCUUCAGCCAGGCAAAGCGAAGGGAAAUCUUCUGCAGAAUGUAGUCGCCGUAAAAUCAACAGAGGAGGGCGGAGAUUCGCACGCGGGUGUAAAUCCAGUGGCCACCAAGGUUAAGGAGCUGAAGAAUGCUCUUAUCACGGAAACGUGCGAGGGAGCACCGAAACUGAGUUUGGGUACGGUUCUAAAGACACAGGACUUUACGUUGGGCAAAUCUCUUGAGGAAAUGUCGGGAAAAAAGGACGGAAAUGAAGACGAUAGUCCAAAUGAGGAAAUCAAACCGGAGAAUGUUUCCACACCGACAACACCGAACGCAGAGGCUCCAAAGCCCUUCGAAGCCCUUCUCGAACUCAGUAAAAUAGGUAAAUCCACAGAGCCAUCGAAAUCGGAGGCUAGUCAGAAGGAGAAGCCCAAUCUCAGCGCCUGGCUAAAAGCUUUCGGUGGCCCAAAGGUUAGCAAGAAGUCAGAGGAGGAGGAAAAGCAGCAGACGCCGGCCCAAGAUCUUCAAGGUGAUUCCAAGGUGGAUCCGCCUGCUCACUCGCCAGCUGGUGAUAACUUCUGCCUACCAACAGUACUGCGCCCAAGGAAACCGAGCACUGGCAGCACGAAUUCAGAGAGGAGUUCCUUUAGCCAGGAUCCAGAUUCCCCUAGAAUCGCCAUCGAUGAGCGUUAUGCAUCGUAUGCCGCUGGUUCUUAUACCUCGCCGAUCGGUGCCUCACCCAUUGGCGCAUCCCCUAUUAUGGUUUCUCCUAAGCCCAAUGACGAUAUGGGUAAACCAGCAUCACCUUAUCCUCUAAAUGGCGCUAUCAAAGUGGGCUUUUACCAGGACACCACGACCAAGAGCAGUCCGGACAAGAGCUGCAGUCCCAGAGAGAUGAACUCGCCGUAUCCGCAGUACUCGCAGCAUAUCUACUCAUCCGCCUCGUCGCCUAAUGUAUCCACUCCGGAUAUGAGUGGAACGUCCCCUUACGGAGGAGGAAACAGCUACAAUCCUUCGGGCUCCGAGGCUUCUAAGACUCCAGCGUAUUCUUCCACAUCCCCGCUUCCAAUUUAUGACCAAUACAAGCAACCGCGCUCCCAGGAAUCGGACUACAACUCUUCCAUGAGUCCGAGCACACCCAACCCACAUUCGCCUUAUCAGCAACCCCAAAGUUCUCCGUACACCACCCCGCAGCAGUCGCAAUCGACACACCCGUCGCCAUAUCAUGGCCAGUCGCCGUACCACCAGCAGCAGCACUCACCAUAUCAUCCACCCGCGGCGCAGCAGCAACAGCAAUCCUCGCAGCCUUCGCACAGUCCGGCAGCCCAUCAGCAGGCUCUCAGUCCCAUGCACAGUGUGGAAUCGCCGGCGUCCUCGGCAGCAACGCAACCGCCCACUCCGUUGGCUCAGUCACCGGCGGAACAGCAGCACUCGCCGUAUCAGCAGCCCGUGUUAUCACCUUAUCAGCAGCCGCAGCAACAGGUGCAGCCGCCGGUGGUACCGCCAGUUCAACCAUCCACUGGUGCUCAGGCAACAACGGCUCUGGGCAACAAUGGUUAUGCGCCCCCUCACGAUAGCUACCAGCAGCUUCAGCAACAACAGCGAUCCUUGUAUAACCCAGCCACUUUGAUUAAUCCUCUGCCGAGCGCUGCGUCUUCAACAGCUUCCAUAACAAAGCCUAACAAUGACUGGAGUCUAAAUCGUAGCUUGUUGCCGCCCAGUAUUACGAAUACUGUAAAUCAGGCGGCACAGCAGCAGCAACAGCAGCAGCAAGCUGGACAGCUACAACAGCAGCCACAAAUGCAAGCUGCGCAGCAGCAGUUGCAGUCAACACCUCAGCAGCAGCAGCAGCAGCAGCAACUACAAGCAACACCUCAACAGCAGCAGCAACUACAAGCAGCACCUCAACAGCAGCAGCAACUACAAGCAGCACCUCAACAGCAGCAGCUGCAAGGAUCCCAGCAACAGCAACAACAGCAGCAGCAACAGCAGCAACAGUUGCAGGCACCACAGCAACAGGGGCUGGGCCAUCAGCAGCAACACAAACCGAAAUACCCAACCUAUGCGCAAUAUCAGUCUACUAAUGCCGCUGCCAAUGCUGCAGCUGCAGCAGACGCCGUGCAACAGCAACAGCAGCAGAAAAUUGCGCCUCCAACAUAUGGCAGUGAUAUGGCCACAUUUAUGCAGCAUCAAAUGCAGCAGCCACCCAAAACGGAUACCUUAAUAAAUCCACUAAAACGACCCGGAGAGGAAAUAGGUAUGGAUUACAGUGGAAAUGCGGCCAAUAAAAUGCAGAAAAGAGAGGAGACUCCUGCGCAGCAGCAACAACAGCAGCAACCAGCCCAAAACCAGACGCCAUCCAUGCUCAACAAGCAACAGCAAAUGUUUAAUAGCUUCCUGGGCUCCAUGGCAUUCGGCAAACCUAUUGGCAACAUAGCGCCUGAUAAAGCAUUUGAGAUGUAUAACCGAGCGGCGGCCAUGGGAUUCCCCAAGGACUUCGCAAAGGACAAUAGUUGUCAGCUGCAGCAGCAACAGCAACAGCAGUCGCCCCAGGUGACAACAAACAAGCAGCAGACGAGCCAACAAACGCAGCAGCAACCGCAGCAGCAGUCCCAGCAAUCGCAGCCACAUCUUACUCAGCUUCAGACGGCGCUCAGUCAAAACUACCAGCAACAGCAGCAGCAGCAAACGCAGGCGCAAAAAUUGCCGCAGCAGCAACAACAGCAACAGCCGCAACAACUCAACUACCAGCAACAGCAGACACAACUUAACCAUAACUAUACCGCACAGCAACAGGCAACUGCAGUGGCGGACAAACCUCCCGCAGCUCAGUCGACAGUUGCUGCUGCGGUAAGUGAAACGAGCAGCAACAUGAUGAAUCUACCCUCUACCGCGCACCAGCAUCAUCUCAGCCAGACGCAUCACCUCGCCGCCUACAACAAGCCAACGCCACCGCCUCCCCAAACCUACAGCAAUCCUUUGAUGCAAUCGAUGCUUGGCUAUGCCGGAAACUAUUUCGACAAGGCCAUUCCGCCGGCAGCACACAUGUAUAGCGCUUCGAGCUCUGCGGCUUCGGCUUAUGGCAAUCCGGCGCAGCAACUGCCGGGUAAUUAUGUUCCCGGCAACAACAAUCCCGCUCACCAGCAACAGCAGCAGCCACAGCAACAGCAGCAAGCUCCUGCUGUUCCGCCAGCAGAAGUCAAAGCUCCAGCGAAAAGGGGACGGAAAAAGAAGGCAGCUACUAUUGCGGCCGAAGCUGCGGCUGCAGCUGCCAAGCAGCAGCAACAACAGCAGCAGCAACAGCAACAGCAGCAGCAACAGGCGCAACAGCAGCAACAGGUGGCCGCCCAGCAGCAGCAUCAGCAGCAACAAGUCUCAGCCCAGCAGCAGCAGCAUCAACAGGUGGCCGCCCAACAGCAACAGCACCAAGCCAUGUCGCAAUACAAUAUGCCGCAAUCAGUGGCUUCCGCGGCCGCUGCCACCAAUAAUCAGCUGCAGGCGCAUGCGCAGGCGCUGCACCAAGGCUUCCAGUUGUAUGCGGGUUUAAAAUCCGGAGGCGUAUCCUCGCCCGUGGGCGGUUCAGCAGCUACGCCGGUAAACAGUGGUUCCACCGGCAAUCAGACGGCGGCCGAUGCGGCAGCCAUUUCCCUGAAAACAUCGACAGGGGGAAUGGUGCCCGGAAGUGCCUUCAACUUUGCGCCAACCCCAGGAGCGCUGGGCUUGUACGGUGAUCAGGCCGCUGCAGCUAGCAGCUAUUUGGAUCAAUUUAGAGAUGCUCCCAAUCCCUACUACAUGCCACCGGCGCCGGCCCACAGUGGCACAGCUGCGAAUCCGUCUGGAAAUGCGGCGGACAAGAGUCAAAAUCCACUGAACACGGCAGCCGGAUCGUAUCCGUUCCUGGCGGCGGCACAUCCAUCAUCGCGGGCAGCUGCUGCUGCAGCUGCAUAUCCGUUUGCCGAUCCCAACUCGCAGUUGUACCAGCAGUACCUACGGCGCGAUGACUUCCACACGCGGAUGAUCUUCAACCAGAGUCUGCUGGGCGGACCGGCAGCGGCGGCGGCAGCAGCCGGAUAUGGUCAACCGCCGCCGCCUCCAUCCGCCUAUCAACGCGCCGCUCUGGGCAUGCCAAAGCCGUAUGACAUCAACCGGCAGUCAUGGUUUUAGCAGUACGCCAGUGCCGCCAACGUGGAUCUCCAAGGAGACGACCUGACGGGGGCGGCAACUGGAACAGCAUCGGGACCAGCAGCAGCUUCAUCCUCGACAGCAGCUACACAGCGAUGAGAUCGAAAGAGUGGGCAGGUUUAGAAAGGUUUCAAAUCCACAUGCUAAUUGGUUCCAAAAAGGUUAACAAACACCAGAGUUUUCGUUUCGUUUUCGAGCUUACAUGGAAGAAUUUUAGUAGGUGUUUUAUUUUUUGAAACUCGCUUUUUAUAUUGUACAUUUUUUAUUUAUGCUCAAAAAAGCAUACAAAUCGUGAAAUAAGAAAAGCUACUUCUUUGGCAAAAUGUUUGGCAUUCUAACAUCUAUUUAGUUUCAAGAACGAAUAAGGUAAUCAUCCUGCAAGAAGCAAAGUUUGCGUUAUGUGUAAAAGUAAGUGAACUUUUUGAGGUGUCUUUGUUUUGUACUGAUAUUUGAUAUUCAUUUUGGAGACUCGAAUUCCACUGCCCCCAUCCUCUGACUCAUUUUUGUAUUCUAUGACCAUUUUCAUUUGUGCAAUGUUUCCUUUUGACUGCAGUUGCGCCCUGGACUUUGGCCACGCCUAAAGAGCAAGUUUGUUGGUCUUUAGUUUGUAAACUUUCAGUAGUCUGUAGGUUUUAAGCCUUUUGUUAAUGACAAUUAAUUUUAAUAGCUUUAGCUAAUUAGGCCUCUAAUCUAAUUUAAUUGAACUUAAUUUGUUUUAAAUGCUUAACAAAGGAAACUAAGCAGAAAAGCGAAAGAGAAAUAAUGCAAAAAAUUCAAAGAAUUACUCUAAAGCUCCCCCUGACUAUAAUUAGAUUUUAGUUUUUUCCCGAACCUAACUCGUAACUAUAGAACUCGUGUAAAUUAACGACGAUUAUUAGUUUUAUUACUAUUGAUUAUGUACUACGACUAUUAUAACUAUUAUCGAUUCGUGCUGCGGGCGAUUUGUUGAAAUAUUUAUUAAUCCAACUAAACAAAGAGAUUCGCAACACACAACUAAAGCUAGAUACGAAAUCUAAGUGAGGUACACACUUUUAGUUUGUAGAACGCCAAGCAGAUGUAUAAAUUUUUGUUAAAUAUGCUAAGUAACAGUACGGUCUAAGCAGUAAGUGUCCCAUCAAUUCAAAUAAAUCCAUUGUAAACCCAAACAGCUCACAUAUGUGCAACAUUCCGCCUCAGACCCUCAUCCCCUCCCAUCUUCCCAACUUCCCUAAUUCCCAACUUUCAUUAUGAAAAUCCAUUUGGUGUACAUACAAGAGGGAAAACAGACAUGUAAAACCUCUUCUCGUUUUUACGCAUCUCAAAUUGUAGCUUUAAAGUUUAAACCAUGUAAAAAUCGAUAUAGAUUUGACGAAAAGCAAAACAAUUGAAAUUUAUGAAAUAUGAAUGAAAAAGUGUCUUAGUCGCUAUUGAGGGCGAACGGAGCCGAUGAAUCGAGAAGGAAACGCAUUAACCGAGCGCCCAUAAUAUUAUUAAUGGAUAAAUAUAUAUUAAAUAGUGAAAACAAUAAACACAAGAAACCGUAUUUAAUUAAGUUGUUAAAGCUUUCGUUUUGCAAACGUACAUUUUAAUUAAUUUCCCUACGAUAACAUAGUUGAUAGAACACAAAUGGAAGAGAAGCGAUGCGAUGCGUUGCGAAAUUGCGAAGAGACGGUACCUAGAGCAUAAAAGAGCAGCAACAAACAUAUUUAAAGAACCACAAGCUAAAUAUUAUAUUAAUAAUGAAUAUAUAUACAUAAAUUAUAUAUAUAUAUAUACAAACAUAUAUAUUAUAUGCAGUAAGUGCAGCCAGUGCACAUUAUACAUAAAUCUGUAUGUAUAGGCAACAGCAGCAACAAGAGUAAAUUACAAUAAAGAAUUCUAUUGCAUAUUGUACGAAAAAAAAAGAAGACAAAAAUCCAAAA